AUGACUUCGGUCCAGACGGGACUGUGGGAGCCCCGACCCCCGUCUAAACAUGCCUCGCUGCCCUCUGCUGCCUCCCAUGUGACCACAGCCCUCCCCGCCAAGAGGAUCACCUUCUACAAGAGCGGAGACCAGCAGUUCGGGGGCGUCAGGAUGGCCACGGGACUGUGGGAGCCCCGACCCCCGUCUAAACAUGCCUCGCUGCCCUCUGCUGCCUCCCAUGUGACCACAGCCCUCCCCGCCAAGAGGAUCACCUUCUACAAGAGCGGAGACCAGCAGUUCGGGGGCGUCAGGAUGGCCGUCCACAAGCGCAGCUUCAAAUGCUUCGACGCCCUGCUGGACGACCUUUCCCAAAAGGACAGCGCUGCCCAGAGGGACUGGGGCUGGAAACCUAAGUACGACCUCCCCCUACUGGUCCAGACCAUGCUGGCUCACGCCCGUCAGACAGAAGCCAACUGA